AUGGCCAGCAAAUUCCUCACGACUCGACCCAAUAUGUUCUUGCGCUCAGCUGCCCACCUGUCACCAGCAGCCUGCAGCUCUCUCUCGAUCCUGUCGAUCCGGUCUGCUCACUACGCUGGGCCAUUGAGGCACGCUUCUCUGUCCAACCCUGCCCUCCAGAGAUCGUUCCGAAGAACCUAUGCAGAUCUGCCGGCUCCUCCUCCCUCUCAGCCCCCGACACCGAAGCGGAGGUUCAGGGUUUUCAGAUGGAUGUAUAGAUUGACUCUUAUGUCUCUGUUAGCUGGUGCAGGCGCAUUGGGAUACAGCGUCUACUUGCUCCGGAAUCCAGAUGAACAAGUACAGCCUGAUGCAUCCAAGAAAACGCUGGUUAUUUUAGGAACGGGAUGGGGAUCUGUAUCUCUGUUGAAAAGACUCGACACGGAAAACUACAAUGUGAUCGUGAUAUCGCCCCGGAACUUCUUCCUCUUUACUCCGCUUCUCCCGUCGUGCACGACCGGUUUGAUCGAGCAUCGGUCGAUUAUGGAGCCUAUCAGGAACAUUCUACGCCAUAAAAAGGCUGCGGUAAAGUACUACGAAGCCAGUGCUACUAAGAUUGACCCCGUGAGGAAGGUGGUGCGCAUCUGUGAUGAAUCGGAUAUCAAGGGCGAUACAUCGACAACAGAAGUUCCUUACGAUAUGCUAGUGGUCGGGGUUGGAGCGGAGAAUGCUACUUUCGGUAUCCCCGGCGUUCGGGAACAUUCGUGUUUCUUGAAGGAAGUUGGCGAUGCUCAGGAAAUCAGGAAGCGAAUAAUGGACUGCGUGGAGACUGCGAUUUUCAAGGACCAGACCAAAGAGGAGGUCGAAAGACUUCUCCAUAUGGUAGUUGUUGGUGGUGGGCCAACCGGUGUUGAGUUCGCCGGUGAACUGCAGGACUUCUUCAACGACGACCUCAAGAAGUGGGUGCCAGAGAUAAAGGAUAGCUUCAAAGUUACUCUUGUAGAGGCCCUUCCAAAUGUGCUUCCCACCUUCUCCAAACAACUGAUAGACUACACCGAAUCCACUUUCCAAGAAGAAGCCAUCACAAUCCGGACGAAGACUAUGGUGAAGAAAGUCUCCGAUAAAUAUAUCGAAGCGGAAGUCACUAAGCCCGAUGGAACUAAAGAACUCGAGACUAUUCCCUACGGCCUCCUUGUCUGGGCUACUGGCAAUGCUGUCCGCGGUGUUGUCCGCGACCUCAUGAGUCAAAUACCAGCUCAGAGUAAGUCGCGACGUGGCCUUGCAGUCAACGAAUACCUUGUCGUGAACGGAACGGAGAACAUCUGGGCUGUCGGCGACUGUGCGGUGACUAAUUAUGCGCCAACAGCGCAAGUGGCUAGCCAGGAGGGUUCAUUCCUGGCCCGUCUAUUUAACUCCAUGGCCAAGACGGAAGCCAUCGAGGCUGAAUUAAAGGAGCUCUCCACCGCACAGGCAUCAGCCUCAAGUGACGAAGAGCGCAACAAAAUCCUAGAUCAGAUCAGAGCGUUACAGAAGUCCCUACGGAGAACAAAGCAGCUAGGCCCUUUCCAGUAUUCCCAUCAAGGGAGCCUUGCAUAUAUCGGCAAGGAGCGCGCUGUAGCUGACGUCAGCUGGCUGAGUGGAAACAUCGCCAGUGGUGGAACUUUAACUUAUCUCUUCUGGCGGAGCGUCUAUCUGAGCAUGUGCUUCAGCACUCGCAACCGAGUCCUUGUCGCGUUUGACUGGCUGAAGGCCAAGAUGUUCGGCCGUGAUGUCUCGCGGGAAUAA